AUUCUGCAGUCGACAGAAGAAGACAAAAGCAGGAACAGCACCACUGCGGUUGCACAGAAAUUUCAUUCAUCGAAUUUUUAUUAAUUUGGUACUGGUCGAAGUCUAGUUAUUUCAUUUCCUUGCCAGAAUAACCAACUGGUGCACCAUUUGUUUUUGUUUCGCAUCAUUUCAAAACAAACUCGUGCUUUAGUGCUUAAAAUGUGAAAUAAAAUGAGUUUUUCGCAUUGAAAUCGCGUGACGCGGCCAUAUUUAAAAAAUAAUUUAAUGUCCAAUGCAGUGCAAAGUCGAAGCGAGGCUACAUAAAUUAUAUAAAUAGUGCUUGGAAAGAAACUUCAAUUGAAGGAUUUAUCGAAGCCGUCGCCAUGAUGGACCGUAAAAAGGUACUGGAAUUGGACAAAAUCUGCCGCUUAUGCAUUUCGGAGCGCAAGGAAAUGCGUCCGCUGUUCAGUGAAAAAGUACCGGAAAUGCUGAUGGAUUGCACCAGUGUGCGUGUCGAGCCCACCGAGGGCUGGCCCGACAAAAUCUGUGUGCAAUGCGUCCAUGCAGUCAGUCGGAAUCAUGCAUUUAAGUCGCUUGUCGAGCGUAGCGACAAAGAGCUCCGUGAAUAUAUAAAGAGCUUGACGGUACGCCUCGGAAUGGAUGAGUCGCUUACCCCACAAGAGCGCAAGCAGCAGAAGCUGCUGCAAAAACAGUUCAAGCAUCAGCAGCAGUUAGAGGAGCAGCACCAAAAACUGGAGCAGCAAAUACUGCAGCAACAGCAGCAAUUGCAACAGCAACAGCAACAGGAGCAACAACAACAACAGCAGCAGCAACAACAACAGCAACAGUCACCUAUAUAUCUUCUACAACAGCCACAUCAAUUACAACAGCAGCAGCAGCAACAUCAGCCGAAGCCCAAGAACAAACUGAAACCACUGCAAAGAAAGGGCAGCUCGCGGCAGUCAAAGAAACACCAGGAAAUGGUUCACCUUCUACCGGAGCCAGCGCCUCCGCCGCCACCACCACUACUCCAACAACAGCAGCAGCCACAACAGCAGAUACAACAAAUUCAGCUGCCAACGCUGCAGCCGGCGCCGGCGCAACUGAUGCCAACAACGACGGCACAGCAAAUCCUCUUGCCGAAUGGACAGUUAAUAACGACCCAAAUAGUGACGCCGCAGCUGGCGCAGAUUAUCAGCCCUCAAACGACGGCAUCGAAUGCCGCAGCGUCGGCACAGGCUCAAUUUCUGCCCCAGUUGCUGCAGGCGCCCAAUGGCCAAACGUUACAAAUUGUUCAGCAGCCGAACGGCACACAGACGCUACAGCUGGUGCAGUUGGUGUCGCAGCGAAGCAUGGCGCCGGCGAUAACGACGACCACGACAACGGACAUGUGCACGACGAGCAAUGGAGCUUCGUUAGCCGAUGCGGAUGUCCAGCUGCUGCACGAUGGCGAAAUGGACGAUGAGGAUCUGGACGAGGUCUACGAUCACUUGGACGGCAAGGGCCACACCUUUGAGACAAUAGUCCUGGACGAUGAUCAGCAGCAAGACUUUCUAAAGGAUCAAAAUCGUCAAGUGCUCAUCGACGAGGAAUACACGCAAAGCGACACACAGGAGCAGGAGACAGACGAAUACUUUGACGAGCAGCUGCUGGACCACGAGGAUGGGGUCAAGCACGAGGAUGACGAUGAUGAUAAUUUCAUCAUAGAGGAGAUUCAAUUAGAUGAGGACGAUAUGCUUGAGGAUGCGGAUGGAGAAGUCGAUGGCGAUGGCAUGACGAACGUGGACGAAUGCGAGUAUAUAACCGAUGACCAGGACCACGGCCUCGGCGGCGAUGUCGAUGAUGAGCUGCACUAUGCCAUAAUGGAGCCGCCCGAUGGCGAUGUCAGCGCCAGCGACAUGGAUCAGGCUUUCAUAGAUGUCGAGCAGCAGCAGCAGCAGCAGCAGCAGCAACAACAACAACAACAACAACAACAACAGUUGCAGGAGCAGCAACAACAGCAGCAGCAGCACCAGCAACAGCAGCAGCAGCAAUCUGUGGACCUGCAGAGCAUAUCGUUGGAGAAUGCUGUCGUAGAGUUUGGACAGGAUGCAUUGGUCGCACCCACGUUACAUGUCAACAGCACGCCCAGUCCCACGCCCAGUUCAGCGAAACGUGCGCGUCGUGGCAACACGCAAGCGCAAUCACAAUCGCAAGCGCAACUGGUGGAGACUCCGUGUAACCACCAGCAUAGUCCGCCCACCAUAAGCAGCAAGCUGGCGGCGGCCAAUUCGCGGCAGCUGGUGCAGACGGCGUCAGUGAUAGCAGCAGCCGGGGCUGAUGACAAUUACGAGAUCGAUGCGAAUCUUGUGACGGAAUUCAUCAGGCAGCAUACAUCACCUUUGGGCUCGGGCCGUUACAUCUGUCACCUGUGCAGUACGGAGUUCCGGCAAUUCAAGGGCUUGCAGAGUCACAUGCACUCGCACACCAAUUGGAUACGGGCCAAUUGCAAGAAGCAGCCCCAGUGCGAGAUCUGCCUGAAGAGUUUCAAGGGGCCGGGCAUGCUGCGCAUGCACAUGAAGACGCACGACGCGGAGACGAAUACGCCGCUGUGCAACAUCUGCAAUCGUACUUUCAAAUCGAAGGCGAUACUCUACAGGCACCGGCAGACGCAUCAGCAGCGCGCCUAUUGCUGCGGCGUGGCCAACUGCCGCAAGAAUUUCUCCAAUGCGGCCAAUCUGCGAUGGCACGUGGAGCGCAAGCAUCCGGAAUGCGUUGAGCCGCUCUAUAAGUGCGGCGAAUGCUCCACCCUGUACGACCACAUCGACAGCCUGCAGCAUCAUGUGGAGAAUACAGAUCAUGGCAGCAAUGCCAGCGAAGCACAAACAAUUAUCACCAACAGCUCCAAUGCGGCAUUCAGCGGUGCCGUUAGCAUUGUUAGCAAUGGCACCGACAUGUCCAGCAUGAUAGCCGCCGCACCGAACGCCCUCAGUGGCACAACGGCCACUGGUGAUACGCAUGCCGUUGUCGUCGGCUCAUCCGGGGAGAUGUACUUCGUGACGCAGGCGUAGCCAACGCAGUUCGCCGACAUUGCCGGCAACUCCGAGUGCCUGCUCGGCAUGUAAAUCCUAAACAGGCAUCUAGAUGUAAAGAGAGAAUAACUAAAUACACAAGCAUAUAUAUAGACAUAUAUACUGACAUAAAUAUAUAUAUUUUUAUACUACCCCAUAGGCUAUGUAUACGUAAAUAUAGUUUGUACACAUACAUACACACUCUCACAUCCACAUCCACACCCACACAAACACCUUGCAAUCCUAGUUGUCUGUCAAUGUAGAUCGUUCGUAGUACUCGAAUUUUUGAUAUGGCAUUCAAAGUGUAAAAUAUUAAUUCAUAGAAAAGCCGUUCUUAGGCAUAAGUUUUUAGGUUUUAG